UCCUGUGAAUGGAACGCCCAGCCCUGCUCUGUGGAUAAUUUCACAAGAAUCCUCACGGAGAUGGGCGUGUGCUACACGUUCAACCAUGGUGACACCAAUCUGAAAACCGAACUCUUAGGUUCGACAUUUGGACUUAAACUAAUUUUGAACGCUGAACAGUACAAUUAUCUGGCUACAACACACAGUGCUGGCUUUACAGUGCUACUCCACCACCCCGAUGACGUCCCGUACAUUGAAAACCUGGGCUUUCAGGUUGCUCCUGGAGAGAGUAUCAGUGUUGGCAUCUCACAAACAAAGGUAACGAAUUUACCGUCUCCAUAUGGGAAUUGUGCAGAAAAAAAUCUGGCAUAUUAUGAUUCGUAUUCUACGUUGAAUUGCAUAGCGGAGUGCACAUUGAAUUUUACAAUGGACAAUUGUGGCUGCCGAGCUUACUACAUGAUAAAUGUCCCCGGUGUUCCAGAAUGUUCUCCGACACAAUGGUGGGAAUGCCUUGACGAAUUACGUGCAAAUACAUCGGCUGCCCUGCAAGCCUGCGCGUGCCCCGUUCCUUGUGAAGAAGUCCACUACGGUUAUACCAUUUCCCACUCAAAAAUGUCAAACGCUAUCACGGCUGCAUUGAUGGCCGGUUACCCUGGCACUACAGAGGACUAUUUCCGAGACAAUUAUUUGAUUUUGCAGAUAUUCUAUAAAGAGUUGAAUUUCCAAGGGAUAGAGCAACAGCCGGCAUAUUCCGGUCUCGCGCUGUUUUCAGAUAUAGGUGGCGCGCUGGGCCUGGUGCUGGGGAGCACUUUGAUGACAGCGGCAGAAAUAAUAGAUUUUGCGGUCAGUUUGUGUUUAUGGGUUGCCUUUCGGAGAAAAUAGUGCCUCGACAGAAUAAAUUACUGCAGUUGCACAGGUGUGUGCAGCAGGUGUAUCAAUGAUAUGGAAUGUAGAAUUUGUGAAACCCUUGUCCCUUAAGGUUUGAAGGCAAACACACUACUUCAGCUACUACCAUUCUUUUUUUUUUUUUUUUUUUUCUGCACAUUUUCAGAACAAAAAAUGGAUAUCACACACCGAAUACUUGAGGAUCUCAGCAAGAAUCAAAUCUUUAAUGGUUAACAAUUUUAUUUUGCACUUGUGUUCUAAAGGUUACAAAUGCGCCAAACACUUUCUGACACACUUUUAUAGAUGAUUCAAAGGGUUCGACUUCUACCCCUUUUUAUCUAUAAAAGCAUCAUUCCACAUAUUGACAGAUCCAUCACUGUAGUGUCUCUUAUUGCUUCAUAGUUUCUGGACAAGGGAUAUAUGACAUUUGGUACUGAUUAUCCGACUCACUCUAAGUGGAAUAUAUUGGAUUCGUCCCUGAAAGAUAACAUGUGAUAUCCGAGGAUUCAGCAUAAUAUUUGUAUAACACCCAUUUCCCCUUCAUCCUGUGUCAGCUACUGUCAGCGAGAGGGUGUGGUUAGAAAUCCGCUGCAGAGGUUGUACUUAAGUACUGACAUUUUCGCACCUACAAAAAAGUAGCCAUUUGUUAAGAUAUUUAGAUUUUUAACAAUUGUAAUAGGAGAUGAAGAUUAUUUAAUUCGAGAAAACAUAUACAAAGGUAAUUGAUUCUAAUAUAUUAAUGAAUAUACGGACGGUUAUAUUUGUGUGUGUGUGUGCGUGUGCUAUUACUUAUAUUAAGUAAAGGACUCGGGGCGAUUUUAACGGUUUUAAAUCUCGCUUACAAAACUUUGCCUUUGUUUAGUUAUAAUCUAUAUACCUCAAAAUUUGCCACCUACCCUACCAAGCUACCAAGCACAGGGGUAUAAUUAUUAAUCGUAGCUGCUUUCUUCGUCAUAAUAAACAGAAUUUUUUUUUAGCACUUGUAGAUGAUUAAAGUACACGGUUUCUACAGUAUAUUAAGUAUGAAGAAAAAUAAUAAAAUAAGACGGGCCAAAGAAUAAGUUUAGUACAGAUGAAGCUGCAUAUUUUUCUAACACGAAUCUAAAUUGAUUGGUGGCCUAAAUUUAAUACUGAUGUGCCUUGCAGUUGCCAUGAGAUUCAUUAUUAUUUAUAGAAAUGAUUUUAUAUAUUAAUUUCAAUAUUUUUACUUUAUUAUUUGUAACCAAGAACAUAUGUAUAUAUAUGAUUGAAGUCUUGGAGCGUUGAAGUCUAUGGCAUAGCGAGUCCGCCAUAUGGCGUUAAGAUACAAAUCAUAUGCAUGGGAAGGUGGAAUGGAUCCCAUGUUAAUGUGCAAAUAAAAACAUUAAACAUUGUUCAGCACCAAAUGCACUUAUAAGUGACAAACAGAAAAUCCUAUUUUCAAGUUGUGUACUAUGUUAUGCUGUAUACAGCAAAAGCAUGUCUUUUAAGUUGGUUAGUUGCUUAUGGGAAAUCGGAUUAUGACCAAAUCAACAUAGUCACAACCAAACGAAUGUCGUUUAUGUCCAACUAACACAAUCAGUUUAUCAGAGAAGAAAAUGGAUGAAAUAGACACGCAGCGUGUUUACAACAUUAAGGAAAA